AAUAUAGAAUGUGGUUCUAAAAUGUAAAAAAUUAGUUGUCCUGAAUACUACCUUGCCUGUCUUAACUGUCAUGAGAAAAACACGAGUUGCUCAAAGCGCGCAUUGCCCAUACUUAGCCUCGUCUUCGUUGGUUUUUACUGGUUGGUUUCGGUGAGUCUUGAGGCUCAAUAACGGGUAUACUAAGGAUUAAAGGUCUAUAGUCUGGUUGUUAAUCCAGUUAUUAACUCAAUAGUCUACGCGCGGCCUACGUGGAAUAUAUGGAUAUAGCCCCAUUGUAACUUCGUAUUUUUCCUUGUUAUCCUUGCUGCUAGGUAUGUCCAUAUAUUGUCACCACUGUGUAGUAUAGUAAUUCAUUUACUUGUUUGUUAUUUUUUUGAUUAUGGGGCUACCCCCUUUUUGUAUACUGGUGCUGUGGUGUUAUAGGGGGGAACGGGAGGCUGUCAGCGAAAUAGUCAGUGGGGCCAGAUGUUCGAGUCUGUCAGCAGAAAUAAUCUUAGGCGAUUCUAGCUAGAUUUCUUCUCCGCUAAAUUAGGGCUCAUGUGACUCAUCGAAAGCUAUUGCGAGCCAUCGUGAGUUGACGAAUGAGUGAAAUAUAAAAAAAUAGUCUCACCUAUAGAACUCAAGUUCAACCCAACAUGGAGCCUCAACGCGCCUCUUCUUUCAUAACAAACAGGCCACUCAUAACAAUACGGCACAUCUCAGCAGAGAAUACAUACGCGCUGCGGCAGGCAGUGCUAUGGCCCAACAAACCUCUGUCUUACGUGCAGCUGCCCGACGACCUCGACGGUCAGCAUUUCGGGGCUUAUGUUAUUGUUGAUGCUGCUUCGUCAUCGAAUAACAAGGGCGACGACGUCAGUGAUGGCAUCAAUAGGGAUGAAGAAGACGCGCGAAGUCCCGAGGAGCUGGUAAGCAUCAUAUCGCUGUUCGUCGAUGGGGAGAGUGGCGCGGCUCGGUUUCGCAAAUUCGCCACAGCACCGGCGUGGCAGGGCAAAGGAGUGGGUUCCGCCCUACUUACUUACACCAUCGAGGUGGCCGCUAGAAAAGGUGCCACGAGUAUCUGGUGCGACGCCCGCCAGGGCGCUUUGGGUUUUUACCAACGCUUCGUAUGUCCAGAGCCCUGUCCUGAGAUCCGUGGAUGGUCGAUCCAUCUGGUUGAUCGUAUGGUCGGUCUGUGAAAAAAAAAAUUGUGCGUCUGUGUUGUUGUUUGUAUCGAUUGUAUUGUUUGUACCUGUGUCUGCCUGGACCCUUCUAGCCUAGCCAUAGAAAAAAUGGAGGAGGUUGGGUAUGGGGUGCAAUUAAGACGUCUGGAACAAGCAGGAAUCGUCUGGUUCUUUUUUUU